CGGCACGACGAACUGCGUCUCACGCAACAACCUAGCCGCCAUUUUUCCUCCUUUCGACAAACCGAUGUUUUAACAUAAUUUGUCAAAUUCAUUUACAUCGGUCAAAUGACUUGCAUAAAUUUACAAUAAAAAGAAUACAAAUUUCAAGAGAAUACCAUAAUCUUUGUCGAUCUUUAAAUAUUAAUAAACGCGCAAAGAAAAACAAACGAUCAUAAAAAAAAAAAGAAAAAAGAAAAGAAAAAAAAAUAGAAGUAAUGGUAGAUCGGCGGUAAAAUCUCCCUUUCGGCUUCGGGCAUCGAAGGCGGUUAGUGCGCGUGUGCGAACCGCGCCGAGGGGUGGUUGGUCGAUGGUCCGAUGUGCGAACUCGAAAAUUGCGAAUUCGGGUGAAAUUUUUCAUGUUUUUUGCUCGGUCUUGGGCUGUACGUGAACGGUGAUUCAUUAUUUAUUUUAUCUUUAAAAGGAAAACGUGCGGCUCGCGAGCUGCCACCGCGAAGCGAACGGGUGGCCGAGUCUUUCGUAGGGGCGCACAAAAACGACACGCGGUUGUCGAAAAAUGGCGAAAACCUUUCGCGCGGUGACAGUAUUGACUUUGUCAAACAAUGGACAGUCAAUACCAAAGUAUAAUAAACCGGUCAUGCUCAACGUUAAUUAUGACCCGCAAGGCCUCAGCGUCGAACUCGUCUUAGGUGAUUCCACUGCAAGAGAAAAGGUUUCAUUAUUGGAAUUUCCUGUAACUCAUACUACUGAAUGCUCUAGAGUUUCAUCGCGAAGUUAUGUUUUUACAUUGGAUUCAGAUAGCUUAUUAAUAACAUUUGCUAAUGAAACAGACUUUCGAAACUUUCAUUCACAAAUAUUAAAACUGAAAAAUGGAAAGGGUAUAUCAGCAUUUAAUGAAAGAACAGAGGAGUCAUCGGCCAUGCAAUAUUUUCAAUUUUAUGGUUAUUUAUCACAGCAACAAAAUAUGAUGCAGGAUUAUAUCAGAACGAGCACUUAUCAACGUGCAAUUCUUGGCAAUUUAUCAGACUUUAAAGAUAAAGUUGUGUUAGAUGUAGGAGCUGGUUCUGGCAUUUUAUCAUUUUUUGCAAUUCAGGCUGGUGCAAAAAAAGUAUACGCUGUAGAAGCAAGUAACAUGGCAAAUCAUGCAGAAUUACUAGUAGCUGCUAAUAAUUUAUCAGAUAAGAUUAUAGUCAUAGCUGGAAAAAUUGAAGAAAUAGAUCUACCAGAACAUGUUGAUUGCAUAGUCAGUGAACCUAUGGGUUACAUGUUAUAUAAUGAAAGAAUGCUUGAAACUUAUCUUCAUGCUAAAAAAUGGCUAGUACCAGGUGGAAGAAUGUUUCCUUCUAGAGGAGACUUGCAUAUCGCGCCAUUUUCUGAUGAGAAUCUUUAUAUGGAACAAUUUAAUAAAGCCAAUUUUUGGUACCAAACAUGUUUCCAUGGUGUAGAUCUUUCUGCAAUGCGAAAUAAUGCCAUUAAAGAAUAUUUCCGCCAACCUAUUGUUGAUACCUUUGAUAUAAGAAUUUGUAUGGCUAAAUCUGUCAGGCAUAUCGUAGAUUUCCAGACAGCUGAUGAGACUGAUUUACAUAAAAUAGAUAUAGAUGUUGACUUUCACAUAUUAGAAAGUGGUACAUGCCAUGGUCUUGCAUUCUGGUUUGACGUGGCAUUUAUUGGUUCUACUCAACAAGUUUGGUUAAGUACUGCUCCUACAGAGCCUCUUACACAUUGGUAUCAAGUGCGUUGUCUUCUUGAAAAUCCAUUGUUUUGUAAAAGUGGACAAUUACUUUCUGGAAAAGUAAUUCUUAUUGCCAAUAAAAGGCAAUCUUAUGAUGUUACAAUAGAACUGAAACUUGAAGGGACAAAUAUGGAAAGCAGUAGUAAUACUUUAGACUUGAAGAACCCUUACUUUAGGUAUACAGGAGCAGCAGCACAACCACCACCUGGCUUAAAUAAUACUUCACCUAGUGAAUCUUAUUGGACAACUCUGGAUGCGCAAGGUGCUCGACAGGCUGUGAAUAUGGUUAAUGGCAUGUCGGUCAAUGGUCUUGGUGAGGUCUCAAUGGAUACAAGUGCAGCAGUUAAUCCCAGUAAUUUACUUGCAAUUGGUGGCCAACCUAAUAUUCAUCCUGGUUCGAUAUCAAGUACCGGACGUGGUCGAGUAGGAGGUACGGCUACUAGUACGCAGGCAGCACAAUUGAUAGGUGGUGGAAUCACGCCUAAUAUGUUUACAUCUCCAGCUACUCUUGGUGUUACUUUCCAGCAAUCGCUGGUCCUUGGAAAUACGUCGCAUUAUCCGGUAAAUCCAAGUUUAAUGAUUGGUGAUUACGUGACACCUGGAAACGGCAUAUCACCUCAGACUUACCGGCAAUGAUCUAUGGCAAAAUCAUUUUGCACCGAGUAUUCUCGCAAAGUAAAACAGUUACAGAAUGAUCCUCGCCAUAGCAAUUCUAGCAACACUGGUGACAAGGGCAACAAUAAGCAAAGUCGUAAGUUGGUGUUUAGUUCGCCAGCCAGCAAGCUUCGACUCGCGUCUGCCGUUCGAAUUUUACAUGCAGUUGAUUUAACCAGUCUUGAACCACAUUUUGAUCAUAGCGGUAACAAUGUCGCUUAUUUGAGUAAGCCUACAGUUGAUUCUGUAUUUGGAUUUGGUUGGGGUUCUGGAAGAAAUAAUUCUCAAUGGGAGGCACGUUGGAGGAGAUUGCGAGCCAUCCCCUCGUAGCUGUCAAUAUUUUGUACUGUCAUCUUUUAUUUCAUCGCCCCUUGAAGAUCGGAUCUUCCAGAUUGAAGUGUGCACGCUUGCCAAAUAUAUCCAGGAAGAUAUAAUAUUUUUUAACGACAAUACAGUUUACCGUAUGCAGCGUUCUACGCCUUACUAUUUUACCAAGUCCUAAUAUGGUCUAUACAUCAGUAAUUUGUAAGGAAUGUAGAUCGAUCAUAAAUCGUGUUGUGA